CGAGAUUCAGAUUUAAAGGUUAGUAAUAUAACCAUCUUACUAAGGGGUAUACAAAUGAGAUUAAGACUCAAAACUAAAAGAGGGGUUAAGACUAUAUCACCUCAUGAAAGUCAACCAUUUGGAGACUUCAUCGCUGACAUAAACAAUAUUACAGAAUUAAGAGAGUCAGAUUUAUCACGAGUAGUUGCAAUUAAACAUGGAUUCCCACCUGUAAACAUAAACAUAGACUCUGUUGAAGAUGAAACUAUUGCAAGUAAAGGUAUAAGGGAUGGAGAUCAGCUUAUAGUGGAAUAUGAUGAAGUUCCAUCAUCGGAUUUGUCUAAUGCUCCACCAUCAAAGAGUAAUAAAGAUGAUAUUCCUUCUGUUUAUAUUCCACAAUUAAACAAAUAUUUAAUUCUAAGAAAUAUUCCUGAUGAUAAUUCAUGUUUAUUUAAUUCGCUUUCAUCUGCUCUUAAUGGGCAUAAUGCAUUUCAAACAGUUAGUCCUCCAUCGGAUCUUCGAUCUAUCGUAGUAUCAUAUAUUCGUAAAGAUCCUGAGUUAUACAAUGAAUUAGUCUUAGGUCGAGAACCCAAUGCCUAUUGUGAUUGGAUCACUAAGAAGGAUUCAUGGGGAGGAGCUAUUGAAUUAGGCAUUUUAGCUGAUUGGUUUAAUAUUCGGAUAGAUUGCUUGGAUAUUGAGCUGGGACAUUUUAUUCAAUUUAAGAAUGAAGAUAAGGACCAUCCACCACAAAGAUUUGUUAUACUAAUAUAUAGUGGAAUUCAUUAUGAUUUAUUUGUAUUGAAUGAUAAGUUAAGUAAAUCAGAUAGUGAUAAAGAUCAUGAUGAAUCAAUAUGGGAGAUCGGUUCACCAGAAGAAUCUAUUAUUUUAGACAGUAGCUUAAAAUUAUGUAAGUUGUUACAGGAGAAUGAUUAUUCUACUAAUACUACAACGUUCCGAGUUAGAUGUUUAGAAUGUUACAAAGUAUUGGUAGGAGAGAUGGGGGCCAGUAGGCAUGCAGAAGAGAGUGGACAUUUCAAGUUUGGAGAAGUUAAAGAGUAGUUAAAUAGAAUAGAAUAGCAUUAGUAUAUGAAUAUGUAGUAUUAAAAUCAGAAUAUAUAUUAUUAGUAUCAUUAA